AUACGCGUAUAGUAAGGCGAGCUUGGAACCAAAUCACAUUGAUAUUAGUCUAAAAUUUGUAGACCAAGAACCUAGAAAAUAAAAGAGUUAACCAUGCUGAACAACCGGAAGGUUCUGAUGGCGGUGGCAGUGGCGGUGGCGGCAGUGGUGGCGGUUCCGUACAUCAUAGCGCCGCCGACAAUAAAGGGUUCGAGAGAGGUUCUUCACUCGGCGAAGGUCAUUCCGGUUCCAGGCGAUGGACCGGAAAGCCUCGACAUGGACCCUCAAGGCCAUGGUCCCUACGUUGGCGUAGCCGACGGUCGGAUCCUCAAGUGGCAAGGUGAGUCUCUUGGUUGGACCGAGUUCGCCGUCACCUCCCCUAACAGGGAGAAUUGUUCGAAGCAUGUGCCAGAAUUAGAACAUAUCUGUGGGAGGCCUUUGGGACUUCACUUCGAGAAGAAAUCGGGAGAUCUCUACAUCUGCGACGCCUACUUCGGCAUUAUGAAGGUCGGUCCAGAGGGAGGAUUGGCCGAGAAAGUUGUAGACGAAGCCGAAGGUCGAAAGUUUACAUUCACCAACCACUUGGACAUCGACGAGGAAGACGAUGCCAUUUACUUCACUGAUAGCAGUGACACGUACCAAAUCAGGACGGUGCUACAACUGUUUCUAAGCGGUGAGAAGACGGGAAGACUGAUAAGAUACGACAAGAAGACGAAAGAGGCCAAAGUUCUGAUCGACGGCCUUCACUUCCCAAACGGUGUCUCCCUUAACAAGGAUGGAUCGUUCGUGAUAGUAUGCGAGCCGGCGGCCCUCCUCGUCCACCGCUACUGGCUCAAGGGCCCGAAGGCCGGGACACGAGACGUCUUUGCCAAGAUCCCUGGCUACGGCGACAACAUCAGGAGAUCUCCCACUGGCGAUUAUUUCUGGAUCGCAUUGCACUCAAAGGCAUGCCCUUUCGGCCGGUUCGCUUUGCUCCAUCCGUGGAUCGGGAAGUUCGUGAUCAAUACCUUCAAGCUCGAGCUCAUGCUUUACCUCUUCGAAGGCGGGCUUCCUCACGCGGCGAUCGUGAAACUCGGCGAGAACGGGGACAUUCUUGAGGUUCUUGAGGACAGCAAGGGACGGAACAUGAAGUUUGUGAGCGAGGCUCUGGAGAAAGACGGACAGCUUUGGAUCGGAUCCGUGUUUCUGCCUUUCGUCUGGGUUUACGAUCUCAACUGAUUGUUUCUAUAUUACGUUUUUAUUGAUGUGAUUAUCUAAUUUAAGACUGCAUGUUUUAAAAAACACAGCUUGUGUGUGAUCUUUUUUUUCUUUUCUUUCCGCAGAUAUUAUGUGUCGGAUAACCUUGGAUUUUCUCUUUAUUUGAUUUUUUUUUUGUUA